GUGUCGUCAUAUUCUAUUUCUUGAGAUACAACAACAAAUAUGUGUAACAUUAUACGAGCCACAGGCAUACCUUUUUGACUUACGACAUAAAUAACAGAGGAGUUUGCUAGAAAUGGAAUCGAAUUUCUUAUCAAAUCUACCUACUCAGAGGACAACAUACAAGCUGACAGUUAAUACGCACGUCGAAGGAACUAAAGUGAAAGCUCGAACUCGAAGUAUUCGCUGGAUUGACUGCCAGGCCAUUGGCUGACACUUUUGGAACAAGAUUCUGAGCGACUGUUAUGGCGCCAGAUGCCAUUCACCCUCAUGCGCUGUCCCACCAGUGCAAUCUAGCGCGAGCAACGUUACACCUGUCCACAGUGAAGACGCCAGCCCAUAGUGGUCACUUACCUGUGACACCUGAACAGCCAACAGAUUGCCCGACCAUGGUUUCGCCGACACCGACGCCGACGUUCCCCGCAUUGCGGAAUCUCCAGCUGUAUCUGUGGGGAGGGUUACAGAGUGUCCUCUAUCGCCUCUGGGCUGCCAAGGAACUCCUCAGCUGCACGAGGGUCCUGCUGUUUCUGUGUAGCGGCUACCUAGCACGAGAAGCCAUGAAGGGUAACGCAGAGAAGAGCAUUGUGGGUCGGGGAGGAGCGGAGGAGGAGGAGGUGGAGGAGGACCAGACCUCUGCAGCCGGCUCGCUGAGACCCUGGGAGAGGAGGGUAGGGAGGUCCUGAAGAUGGGGACCAUGGAGGUAGAGGAGGACAGGCAGGCAGAGGCUGAGGACCUGGAAGAGUCUUCAGACGAGGAGGAGGAGGAAGAGGAAGAGGAGGAGGACGACGAUGAGGAUGAUGAAGAAGAGCAGGUGGAAGUGGACGAGUCAGAGUUGGACUGGAUUGAGUGGGGAUCUGAGGAAGAGGAGGAUGCCGAGGAUGAAGAUACUCUUCGUCAGCAGACACUCCCCGCAGGUUCCCGUGUAGGAAUCUCUUUCUCUCUGAACUGUAAGCAAGCAAGUGAUGACGAGAAGGACGCAGGAGGUGAUGAUGAAGAAGACUCUGAUUGGUCAGAUGAUGAUGAUGACUCUGAGGCAUCUGCGGAGAGCGUGGAACUCUGGGAAUCCUUCCUCCACAGCGGCGACCCCUACAACCCCCUCAGCUCCUCCUGCACUCCAGUCUCCAGGAACACACCCGCCUCAGCAGCCAGAGGCGUGCGGAGAGCGGAGGAGGAGGAGGAGGAGGAGGAGGAGAGAGAAGACGGACAACAUUCCACUCAUAGCGCUCAACAAAACAAGAAGGUGCGCUUCAGCGAUGAGCUGACCGUGCGGCCUCUAGUGGCCUGGGCCUUCGCCAGCAAGGCAGCGAGAAACGGCUCGUGUUGGAUGGAGAUGGCACGCGACCGGGAUCGCUUCCGCCGGAGAGUGGAGGAUGCUGGGAAAGUCAUUAGCCCCUGUCUGAGUCACGACCACAGACGUCUGGUGUGGGAGAGACUCCAGCAACAAUCGGCACAGUAAAAUAUCUGUUUGAGAGACUCCAAAAACAAUCGACACUAGAAUAUCUGUUCCAAGACAACAAAGCUAAUGCCCAUAAUGUUUCUGUCCAGAUGUUAGAUUGUGUAGCUCUUCUAAGACCUCGCUUUUUUCUAAGACCUCGCUUUUGUUUUUCUAUGGUAUGGUGCUGUUUUUCCCAAUGGUAUAUUUUUAUAUAUAUUUAUAUUUGUUUGUGAACCCUUAAGCUUCUUUCAUCUUUGUGGGUUUUUUUUUUUUUUAUAUGAAAACUUGUCUGUUUUGUUCAGUUUUCAGCUGAACUGUGGGUAUUCUCACUCACAUUUACUUGACUAAUAAAUCUAUUUUUAUACUUGAA